CCGUCGUACUAAUACCUAUAUAGCAUCACCAAUAAUCUCGAUCACGGCGUCCCAUGGUCCACGCACCCCGCACCACCCCUAUUCCUACACUUUUUUACCUUAUGAUGGGCGUUAUAACGUCACAUCAAAGUCAAGCUAAGUACCGUCACGCCAGUAUGUGGUCUGAUGUAUAUCUACAACAGGCCAUUGAGGGCUGUAUUACUUGCUGGUUCGUUGACAACCAGAAAACACAUUCCCGUUGGGACGGACCUCAUCAUUUUGCUCUGAACAGCUAUUGAACAAUCUCUGAGCCACAUGGAGGGAGCCAACGCACAGAGAGCGCAGCCGAUUGUGGUUGUACCGAGCGAUUAUCCUUGCGUAUAACCGGUGCCAUAAGCAUUUCGCCGCUUCACAGGUAGUUCUUGUAAAUAGCAAUGGCGUCUAGUCGCA